CUUCGUCUCCCUGUUCUGCACUGCCAGUGUCGGCUCGAUACCACAAUCACAGCCCCUCCCUCCCUCUCCAGAUCAACCCGUCUCUGAGUCCUCGAGGCCAACCUGCAACAUCAUCGCCCUCCCAAGCCGCCACUGUUAGCGCUCUCAAAGUGCAAAUCACCUGCUUCCCAUCCUCAGACGCUGCCGUCAUUCCCCCCCCUUUCACCGAUCAUGUCUGGCGAUGUGCUCAUAUCCCCGUUCAAAGGCAAGGGAUUCACCGUCUCGAUGCUCAAGGACGAGUUGCGAAAGCGAAAUCUGCCAAUGGACGGCCCAAGAUCGACCCUGGUCGAGCGGUUGGAAGCCCACGACGGAUAUCUUACCAAGGCCCAGAAGGCUCGGGCCGCGCGCAAAGAUCUGCACGUCAAAGAUGGCGAUCAGGAAGAGUCGGCCGAAGUCCUCUCGCGCAUCGCUGAGCUCAAGCGGCUGCGAACUCUUAACAACAUCUGGAACUCUCCCUUGACGAUUCUGGGAUACUUUGCCGUCUACCUGAUCCGGAACCUGAGGCUUGGAGCCAGUGUUUUGUCGCGCCGUUAUGGAGUCACGCUGACGUUCGUGGUGGCAAUCGCUGCGGCUCUACUGGCCUAUCAUCUGGACGGACCCCAUCAAUACGUUGUCCAAAAGGUCGAGCUGGAGGUCGUGUGGCUCGGCUGGUGGGUUUUGCUGGGAAUCGCCUCCUCCAUCGGCCUGGGCACAGGACUCCACACGUUCUUUUUGUUCCUGGGACCGUAUAUUGCACACGUCACCAUUACGGCGUACAGAUGUGGCUCUCUGAACUUUAUCUCAAGAGGACCUCAUGGUUUUGUUUGCCCCGAAGAGGCUGGAGCAGGAAUCGUCACUAUCUGGACCAUCUACUCAAAGGUCGCACUGGAAUGCUUUUUCUGGGGAGCCGGAACUGCCAUUGGCGAGCUGCCUCCGUACUUUGUGGCUCGAGCCGCUGCCUCUGCCGGAAGAGACGAUCAGGACUUUUUGACGAUCGAAAAGAUUCUCGCCAAGAAUCCCAAGGACAGGGCCUUUAACGAGAGGGCACAAGUGUUUGUAUACAACCUCCUGCAGCGCCUUGGAUUCUUUGGUAUUUUGCUGUGUGCAUCGAUUCCCAACCCCCUCUUCGACCUGGCGGGCAUAAUUUGCGGCCACUUCUCGAUACCGUUCCAUACCUUUUUCGGAGCGACUUUUGUUGGCAAGGCUCUAAUCAAAGCCAGCAUCCAGUCCGUCGCAGUCAUCGUUUUGUUUUCGAAGGACAUUCUGGACUACUUCCUGCGCCACUUGCAGCAGGCGGCGCCUUCGCUUCACGCCAUUGUCGAGCGGCAGUUGGACGCCCAGGUCCACAAGUUCAGCAAAACAGCGGAUGGGCCCGGAGCCGGCGGCGAGAAGCUCAAUCUAAUCCCGCUGGUCUGGAACACUGUGCUCUUCCUGAUGAUCGGCUACUUUGUAUCGUCGUUGGUGGAGUCACUGGCGGUGCAGGAGAUGCGACGACAGCACGAUGCCGACAUCGAGACGCUGCGUGCCAAGCACGGCAAGGCCAAGCCUUCGCCUGUGUCCUGACCACCGCACCGCUCCCGGCAACGGCGUGCGAGUCGACCCAAGACGUGCGACCUCAAAGCAACAAAACGUGCCAAUCGACCGCG